AUCAGAUAUAUGUCUCUCUCUCAAACGCUCACAAAAAUUAAAAGAUCACAAAGAUGGAAAGCAAAAAAGGCACGCAAUCUUAUGAAUCAUUCCCAAUGAAUGGUGGGGAAGGCCAAUAUAGCUAUGCUCAAAAUUCCAAUAGUCAGCGAACGGGAGCAGACAUCACCAAACACAUUAGCAGAGAUGCCAUUAUUGAGAUGCUUGAUGUUGAAUCAUUUGUCCAGCAUUCCUCUAAUGUUAUCCGCAUUGCAGAUUUAGGUUGUUCUGUUGGACUUAACACCUUUUUCACUAUUCAAAACAUUAUAGACGCUGUGAAUCUCAAAUCUCAAUCUCAAGGACGGCAUGUCUUAGACUCACUUGAACUUCAAGUGUUCUUCAAUGAUCAUGCUGAUAAUGACUUCAACACACUCUUAAAGUCUCUUCCUAAGGAGAAGCAAUACUAUGCAGCUGCUGUGCCUGGUACGUUUCAUGGCAGAUUGUUUCCAGAAUCAAGCAUUCAUGUCUUCAACUCAUCUUAUGCUCUUCAUUGGCUCUCAAGGGUUCCUAAAGACAUAGUUGACAAGAACUCUGAUGCUUAUAAUUAUGGCAGAAUUUACUUUACAAAUGAAGACAAGAAAGUUGCAGCGGCUUAUUCUGCACAAUUUGCGAAAGACAUUGAAAGCUUUCUGAACUCAAGAGCCUUAGAACUUGUCCCUGGAGGUAUCAUGACUCUCAUCAUUCCAUGUGUCCCACCAGAUUCUAAGAACGUAUUUGAAGUUGCGGCAAAUAGCAUGGAAAAUGUUCUUGUGGAGAUGGCCAAUAAGGGCUUAAUAAGCCACGAACAGGUUGAUUCCUUCAACUUGCCUGUCUACAUGCCAGCAUCAGAAGAGGUAAAAGAAUUGAUUGAGAAGAAUGGCAAGUUCAAAAUUGAGAGGUCAGAGUUAUUAUAUCAAUUAUAUGACUUCAAGAUCCAACAAGCUGUAGAUGCCCGGAAUGGUAGUAUGGAAAUGAGAGCAGCGUUUGAAGGGGUUUUGAAGAAUCAUUUUAAAGAAGAAGGCAUUAUGGAUGAGAUUUUCAUUCAAUUUGAGAAGAAAUUGGCAGAAGCCACCUUGCUUUUCCCAGACCCUUCUUAUAGGCAGUUGGGAGGAUUAUUUGUCAUCAAGCACGCUCUUGCUUAAGUAUUAAUGUGUUUGUGUUUGUAUUUGGGUCUGAAUUUUCUAUCAGUUAUAUUCUGUGGAUGGUAUAUUCAAAAUAUCCAAUAUCAAUAAAAUAAUAAUAAUAACUUUUCUUA